GUAUAAUUUGUUGAUUGCGAGUGAGUGAUGUGGAGUGUUGUGCCUGAUGGAUGUGGUGAUGUGUGGCGCGUUUGGAGCGCUUGAAGUCGUGAAGCGAGAUGCAAAUAGCCGUGCAACGCAGAGCGGUGUCUCCUGGAGAAAAUACGAAGAAUGACGAGUGCGAGCUACCGUGGGUUGUGUUGCAGGCUGAAAGACUGUCAGAGUUCUACGAGGUUUGUAAGGGAUUGGACCUUGCCCGCAGUUUCCAGUUCCCCACCCUUGAGCAGCCUCCUCAAUCUUUCCUGACGACGAUGGAGGAUUACGUGAAAGAAGCUCCUCGUGCAGGAGCAACGUUGAUGCUGAAGAACGAACCGGAAUACGGAGACAGAAGUCCACCACGUGCACCAGAGGAAGAAGCGCCUCCCAGCUACAAGGAGGAGGAGUACGAAGAUGCUUCACCGGAGGCCCCGGUUCCUGUUCCCGAAGAAGCGCCACCGGCACAAGCGGAGCCUGCCGUGGUGGAACCAGUGGGAGACCUUUUGGGAUUGGACGAGGACUUACCGGACGCUUCAGCUCUGGAGAAUGCGAAUGCUCUGGCUCUAGCAAUUAUCCCAGAGGGUCAAAGUGCGAAUGGAAAUGCUGGACCAACUUUCGAUGUGAAUGACCCUGCUGGUUGGGAACUUGCGCUGGUGACAAACCCCACAGACACUGCGACUGCUGCGGCGAACCAUAGCAAACUGGCUGGCGGGUUUGAUAAGUUGACGCUGGACAGCUUGUACGAUGACGCGCUGCAAAAGCGCGGGCCGAAUGGAGCCGUUCCAAAUAGUUACAACAUGGGAAUGAACAGCGCGGCCCCGAACCCGUUCCAGGCCCCAGGAAUGCCUCCGCAGCACAUGGACCCGUUCAUGGCUUCCGGACAGUAUGCACCCACGACGAACGUGCAAAUGCAGAUGAUGCAGCAACAGCAGGCUCUGAUGAUGCAGCAGCAAGCGAUGGGGAUGGGGAUGGCGGCAGGCACCCCGAAUCCUUUUGGGAAUCCAUACGGAGGAGGCGUGCCUGGACAAUACCCGUACGGGGCUCCUCAGCCUGCACCGAUACCCGGGCAACUAGCGCUGCCCGCACCCCCUCCUGCAUAUAGCAAUCCGUUCGGGAACCCUGGGUUGCUGUGAAGUACUGUGUAUCAAGUACGGGAGGUCGAGUUGCAGGGGUGCACGGAAGGUGGCACCUCCUAAAGCGAUUGGUUUUGGAGUGUGGCGGUGCGUGCGGUGAUGUGCACGUGUGCGGUUGGCGAAGCAGUUAGCGAUGGAUUGCUGCAUUUAUGUGAUUCGUUAGAUGAGCCAUGUUGGUGAGGCAGAGGGAUGUUCUGUAGGUGAGUAGUUUCUGGUAGGAGUUUACAUUUUCACGCGCGCAGUAUUUGGAGAGGGAGAGGGAGAGAGAUUAGGUUGAUUGCAAGGCCAGGGAUAGAGUUGGCUUUUGAGCGUUGCCAAUCGUGGCGCCUUCCUGGGUCCGUGACAGUUGAUUUUAGUCCAUUGUCGGAUCAUUUAAUUCCAUCUGUUACUGGUUUAAGUACAGAUAUAUGGGAGACUUGUAUUAUAAGUCAAUGAAAUCCCAAGAAAGUGUCUUUCGAUAA